CUCUGCACUGACUGGAAGCACAGGCGUAGAAGUGGUUCGAGGUGCCGGAUAGUGAACAGUGACCGAGGAAGAGCAACGUGAGAGGAAGAUGAGAAUGGAGCUGAGUUUUAAAACCCGACUCUAAGGACCGUAGCACCGACAGGACCAGGCCACGGACGUCAACUCCUCUGAAAAACUAACGGAACUUGUUUUGUUUUUUUUGGCUUGUUGUUGUUUUAGUUGGCGCUUCUCUGUGGGAAGUGAACAGGUUUGGAUACAGCUCUUCCUGUUAUACGGUUCCUGUGUUUAUAUCUCGUGAUAAAGCUCAACUUCUGAUAUAAGGCUGCUGUUAUGGAUACUCCCCCUCAGCGGGAUGCGGGAUUUCCUGCGGGAGCGCCGCAAAGUUGCGGCCAGACGCGGUAACUGAAGUUUCGGUCCCAGUUGUGCGAGCUGGUCAGCCCUGAAACUUGUUGUAAAAGCACUGGUUGGCUGGACUGAAUGCUCCUUUCCUGCUAUUCUUCUCAGCUUCUCAGCGCUUCCUGCUUGUGGUGGCCACUGCACUUAAUGGCUAAAAAUACAUAAAACUCAAAAUGGACAACUACACUCUGUGGGGAGCUUAAUUUUGGUGCUGCACUCGCAACAAUUAUAGUCAAUUUACAGCAAACUCCAGCCCAAUUUUUUUUUAUUUUUGUCUUUUAAGCUUUGGGUCGUCACUGAACAACUCAACAGGUGGCAAUUUUGAAAGAGGGAAGCAAAGAUCCUAUUCGCCCAUAAUGAGGUGAUUCAGAAGCCUCUCAAGUACAGACCGGUGAAAUGAUAUUGUGCCCAAACCAUGAGUUGGGAAACCACACACCACAUCACUUACAGGGAGAACUUCAGUGGAGACGGCGCUGCCUUUCUGAGCUUUGAUACACUCCGUAAUAAUCAAACAACAGCAGUUCUGCAUGUUCAAAUGUAGACCUUUUGCAUUUCACGCAAACACGAAUGAAAGACACUACUUGUUGGUCAAGCUUUUGAAUACAUUUCACUGGUCCCUGAUGAACCAACAAGAAAGACAGGAAAGGGAGCGAGGCGCAAUAAAGUACUCCUUUGUACUUUAUUUUCAAACCCUUUGGGCCCUAAAUCUGAUCCAGCCAAAACAUCUGCUUGAGGCUCCAUGGAGCCACUGAAGAGCAUAUUCAGCCGUGGAAACUGGAAGAACUUGGAACAAUCACAAAAAGGGAACUUCACCAAUCCCGUGUGGACGGCCUUAUUCGACUAUGAGGCGUCCUGUAAAGAUGAGCUCACCUUGCGUAAAGGUGACCUGGUGGAGGUCCUCUCUCUGGACUCUGAGAUAUCAGGGGACGAAGGCUGGUGGGCGGGUAAAGUCAACAACAAGGUGGGCAUUUUCCCGUCCAACUACGGUUCCUUCAAGCCAAGCGGAUACGGGAAGCUUCCGGGAAGCGGCGUUGUCAGUGAGCUUGGCCCGGCUGUGGUGGGCGACUUUGACCCCGAGCAGGUGGAUUUCAGGGAGCUGAGCCUUGAGGAGGUCAUUGGGGUUGGGGGUUUUGGUAAGGUGUAUCGUGGUACAUGGAGAGGCGGGCUGGUGGCCGUGAAGGCUGCUCGCCAGGACCCGGACGAGGACAUCAGUGUGACGGCUCAGAACGUGAGGCAAGAGGCACGUCUGUUCUCCAUGCUCCAGCACCCGAACAUCAUUACCCUUAAAGGUGUCUGCCUGCAGGAACCCAACCUGUGCCUCAUCAUGGAGUACGCCUCAGGUGGGCCGCUGAGCCGGGCACUGGCGGGGCGUCGCAUCCCGCCGCAUGUCUUGGUCAACUGGGCCGUGCAGAUAGCCAAAGGGAUGUUGUACCUCCACAACGAAGCCAUCGUCCCCGUCAUCCACAGAGAUCUCAAGUCCAACAACAUUCUUCUGGCUCAGCCCAUAGAGAACGAGUGCAUGGAGGGUUUGACGUUGAAGAUCACCGACUUCGGCCUGGCGAGAGAAUGGCACAAGACCACCAAGAUGAGCACAGCUGGCACUUACGCCUGGAUGGCUCCUGAGGUCAUCAAGUCCUCCACCUUCUCCAAGGGCAGCGACGUCUGGAGCUAUGGCGUUCUGCUGUGGGAGCUGCUUACAGGAGAGUCUCCCUACAGAGGCAUCGACGGGCUCGCCGUCGCGUAUGGAGUCGCGGUCAACAAGCUCACGCUGCCCAUACCUUCCACGUGCCCCGAACCCUUUGCACAGCUCAUGUCAGGGUGCUGGCACCAGGAUCCCCACCACAGACCCAUGUUCAGCUCCAUCCUGGCCCAGCUGACGGCGCUGGAGCAGCAGGUGAAGGAGGAGAUGCCUCAGGACUCCUUCCACUCCCUGCAGGAGGACUGGAAACUGGAGAUCCAGGACAUGUUCGAUGAACUGCGGGCAAAGGAGAAGGAGCUGCGGUGCCGCGAGGAGGAGCUGAAGCGGGCCGCGCUGGAGCAGAAGUCCCACGAGGAGUUCCUGCGGCAGCGCGAGCAGCAGCUGGCGCAGUGGGAGCAGGACGUGUUUGAGCGCGAGCUCAGCCUCCUCAUCCUCCACCUGAACCAGAACCAGAACCAGGAGAAACCCAAUGUCAAGAAGAGGAAGGGCACCUUCAAGAAGCACAAGCUCAAGUGCAAGAACGGCGAGAAGAUCAGCAUGCCUCAAGAUUUCAUCCAUAAGAUUACAGUGCAAGCUUCACCAGGUCUGGAGAAGAGGCGCAACUCUCCGGAUCUGGGGUCAGGUUCCUCGCCCUCCUUCGGCCCACGUUUCCGUGCAAUCCAACUCAGUCCAAGCGACAACAGCAGGACAUUUGGUCUGAGUCCAGUUUGGCCUCUUGAGGCUCCUUCCCUCAAACAAACCAAUGGCGAUCUGAGGUUGGGCCCCCACUGGAGGCCCCAGAGCCCCAAAAGUCCCAAGAGUCCCAAAGUCCUGCGCCUUAGUCCCCAGGAAAGCAGUCUUUCGAUGAGAGCCAAGCUCCUGGAGUCGGACAGCAAAGAAAACGGAGACUCCAAGGACGACUUUGAGGAGUACAGACCCCCCACACCGACCCCUCCCUCUGCUCAGAACGGCUCCUCAGUGAAGGACAGCCUGCGGCUUCCUCUACCUCAUGGAGACUCGGGCAGCGAGGAAGGUGGUUCCUCCCCAGCUGGCUCCCCCAGGCCUGAGAGGGUUUCCCACGGUGGCCUGGUUAAGAUCACACAUCGAGCCCUGCUUGGCAGUGGCUCCCUCCUGGCCUCCAUUGGACUGGGUCGCUGCCUCGAAAUCCCCCCAAGGGUGCCCCCUCGAACUAAUCCCUCUUCCCUAGGGGACCGCACCCCCUCUGACCUUGAGAUCUCCUUCCCCAAGCCCCUCAUUUCCGACCCCCCGACAGUGGACGAUCUUAUCACCUUCUCCACCUCUGAGCCACUACCGAGAGCGCUCUUGGACGUAGUUCUGCAGUACCAAGAACUUAAGCCCUUGCCCCUGACGCCGCCUCCACCAAACCCCCGCGAGAGGAGCCACAGGACGCCCCCCAGCCCGCAGACGCCCAGGAUCCUCCAUCAGCAGGACCGCAACAGCACGGCAGAAAUGACCCUGUGUCCCCAUCAUUCCACUAAUGGAGAGCUGGCCUGUGAGGCGUGGGAACACAGAGCCGAGAGGGGGAGGAGGUCCAGCCAAGGCCUGCACACCUCUCAGCUAGUUCUGGACCUGCCCUUAUGCCAAGACACACAGGACUCUGAUGACAAACCCUCAGUUCCCUUCUCUCUCCACCCUAACCCCGCCCUCUGGGUCCCCAAAGCCCGGUGCCUGGAGGUCAACGUCAUACCCCGCCCCCGCCCGUCACCCAUCCGCCCCCGCAUCGAUCCCUGGAGUUUCAUCUCAGCUGGCAGCGGGAUCUCCGGUGGAGGCCGUAGCCCGAACCGCUCAGACAGCAGCCCCCUGGUCUUCCAGCCCUCCCCUAACAACCCCUUCACCAACUGUGACCCAUUCCCGUCACCGGACUGUGACCCGUUCGCCCUCAGAGCUGACCCCUCGGGCAGCUCGGACACACCGUCGCCCUUUGACCCCUUCUCGGCUCCCUUCCCCACGUCGCGCUCUGCCCCGUGCUCCACCAACGGCUCGCCCACGCUGCCCUCUUCGCGCAUCGCGCCCCUCAACCCCGCUGACUCGCCUCUGAUUGACCUGACCUGGGCGGCCUGCGGCAAACCCCUGGAUGGCACCAAAGAGAGAGCUCACCCUCGGCGGACAAUGGGGCUCAAGCCCUUCAAGUCGCCGACGCAGCUCAGAGACGACAGGUUCUAAACCCACCUGUCUCACCUGUGGCCGACUUUCACUUGUGGAUUUUUCUCACAGGAACACAGUCCAGGACUGUCUCCACCACCAUGUCCUACAGUUUAAAGGAAAGGUGGUGCUUUGGAAUGUGGGAAAGUUCCCUGCGAACCAAUAGCUGGUGCCCGUUUUGCUCUCCCUCUCCGUCACUGUUUCUGUGUCCCAGAAACACAGAUCACUUGUCCCGGUCUUCAGAUUCCAUCAGACUGCUCAUAUCACCUGCUAUCAUCUCCCCCUACCUUUGAAGCAUUGUGACAAUGCAGAGGUGGAUAAGGCGACUUGCACAGCUUCAUCUGCCUCUACCUCUCUGCAGACUGAAAGCUUACAGGACAAUGGAAAAUUGGAGUGCCUUGGCUCAUUAAGUGUUCCUAAUAUAUAUAUCUUCUCAAGGUUCCUUGAAUAGAUAAUCUGGUGCGUAGGGAAGAUGCUAUGAAUUUGGCUUAAAUUUGCAAAUCUGCUUAGAAUUGCUGAGGCAGAAAAUGUUGUCUGUGUGUGCGUUUAUGUCUAGACUCAUUGUUCAACGAAGGCUCACUGGGUUUUUUUUAAUUUUAAUUUUUUAGUUAAAACAGAAUCUGCCCUGCUGCAUUGUGGGAGAACGCACUCAGAGUGGAUAAUCUAGGCUGCUCACGAAAUCCAAGACAAAAACCAUGACCCAGGCAUUCCACUUGGUAGCAGAUAACAUUCCAGUCACAUUCCUUGGGAAAUGCCGGGGAUUUGACAGAUUCAGUUAGGCUGGCAGGGGACAGAGCAGAGGAAACACGACGACAGAGGCCUCUGCAUUCCCCACAUGUGCCAAACAAUGCCACUGUGGGUCAGUGUAAGAACGGGAGCAGAGUUGUUUUUACCUCCACAGAGAGUCAGACGGGUGGGUUUGCCACACUGGACAAUCGUACUAAAACAAAAACAUUGAACUAGUUUAUGAUCCAGACUUUACAGUCCAGUCCAUCAGAGGAGAAGCGGUCUCACAAAGCCAGCCCAUGAUCUCACAGUGCAGUUUUUUUUUUUUACUUUUGACCCGAAAAAGAUUUGUGCUUGUGUUGCUACUUGGAUAAUUGAGCUUUUUCAACUUCUACCGCACUUGUAACCGGUGGGUAACAAGUUUGAGUCGUCUAAUUGGUGUGGUGUGAAUAUCCUGUAAGAAAUGGUAAUUCCAAUCCAACAGAUCCACAAUGCUGUGUGAGGAAGUGUGAAGCUGUCACUUUUACACACAUGAGACAUUUUUAAUGUCAUUUUGAGCAUCAAGACAAACAAAGUCAAACUAUCUUUGUAGGCUGGCUUUGCAAGACUCAUUUAACAUUAGUCCAAAUUAAAAGCAAACAAAAAACAUCCUAAAACAUCAUGACAGUACUUAAAAAUAUCUGGUAGGAAGCUUUGGGUAGCUGCGGUGUCAUGUUGAGACACUCUCGGUUAAGAUACAACACAGACAUUUAAGCCCCAAACAAAAAAAUACAGGGAAUAAAUCGAGCGCGGAGUCACUGAAACAACGUUUUAUUUCCACCUACAGCAGCCUUAACAGAUCAGAAUACACUGGAGCGAUUACCCAAAAAAAACUCACAAUCAUCAUCGUCAUCAUCCGCGGUCGUUGUGCUAAACUAAAUGUGACAUGUUCUGACAGUUUCCCAGGGUUUGUAUUUUGGGAAAUGUCUGAGGCGAGGCAGGUUGAGGGAAAAUGGCUGGCUGCAUCGACCGACACGUCAGAAAAUAACUCCAACCUGAAAUGGGUUGAAUAUCUCAGCCUCGCGAUGCAUAACAGUAUCCAAGGUUGUUUUCAUAUCUGACGGCCACGUCCUAAGCAUGUUGUCUAUUAGCAUAUUUGGCGCAGGUCAAGGAUGUGAGCAACUGAAAGAAACCCACUCACUCAUGAUGGCACACGGCGUUCUCUUCAAAGGUAGAAAUGCCGCUCCGAGGCUCGUCGCUGACACCGUGUCACUGAACGACAACAGCAGCUUUGUUUCCCACGAAGAGAGGAAACCUUGUCUCCAAAGGGGGAAGCUUUGAGAUUAGCCCGCUAAUUCUAGCAGUGAAUAGCGGAGGUUGAUCGUGACAAUUAGCCCCCGUGAUAAGUGCAAGGAUAAUUAACAAAGCGUUCCCAUAUUUGGUUAAUUAAUUUGCCCCAUUACGUCAAACGCACGGGCUGUAUCGGCUGCCAUCUCCUUCGAAGCCGUGCACUGUUCUUUAUGCAUAGCAGUUUUCCUUUGAAAGAGAGGCAACCAUGGAAGCUCACCUUUUAUCGCCCCAGGUGAUGUGGAGAUAGCUGUCCUUCUUUUGCUUCCCUCUCCCACCCCUCUGCUUCCUUCCUCGCUGGAAAGUUUCCUGGAGGGCAGUUGUGUCCUCGCACUGUGGAGCAUUCACUUUAGUUACAGCCAGACUUCUAUCCAUGAGAAAGAAAAAAGGAAAAAAAGAAAUGGCCUUUGUUCAAGGACAGUCCAUUUGCUGGGGAGUGCCCAUUUUACACAGGAAAUUGAAUUUGUUGGAAUAGAAAAGAGAGCUUUAUUAUGGUGUAUAUUUCUAUUACACAUUAAACGAUCAGUUCAUCGACUUCUGGUCAUUUAAAGUAAUACCCAUAUCAAAUAGAGACAGCACUUGCUCAGUACGGUUCAAAUGAAGUAGAUUGUAUUGUGUUUUUUUUUGGCUAACCAUGGUUUUAAUGGCGGAUUUAAAUGGUCACAUUGUCAUAGAUGGAAUGGGCGUUUGUGGCGUUGUACGUAGAAAAUGAAUGAAAGCAGGGUUGAAGGGAAAAGUCCUUGACUUCAAAAUUCACUUUUAAUGUUAAAAAAAAACCUUUUAAUGUCAAGGGUUUAAAAGCAGCCUUGAGUUAACUACUUUCCCACCUCCGUUCAUUUGGCCAAACUACCGUUUAAAAUGGACCUGGAUAUUGGAUUAUCUGUUUAAGAGAGCUAUAAAAGUUGUACAAAUUCCUACUAUUAUGGCAAAGGAAAGUGCUUAAUUUCCGCCUUAAUGUCAUGCAGCUGUGAACAUACUGUUUUCCUAACAUAAUGUGGUUAACACGCGCCUGGUGUGUUGAGGGUAUCGGCUCAAGAAAUGCAAGAUACCCAGGCAGCCAGUUCCUAUACAUCUUAUUUUGGAAAUUUCCAUUUUGCACAACAAGAAUAAAGCUGUUCCCUUUCCCCUUAGGCGAGUAUGUUGGAUGGAUUGACGGCAUCAGUUGCAGCAGGAAACAUGAAGUUGCGUGAUGUCUGUUGGGAUCACAGUGGUCCUCAGUGUCUGGCACUUUUAUUUUGGUGUUCAUGUGGAAAAAAAAAAAACCCUGCUAUAGGUGACAAGUUACUAUGGUGAUUUUGAGUUUAUCCGUCAUAUAUUUUCUAGUUUAUUCAAUAAAACAUGAAUGCAUUGCAUAAAUGCACAAGUAAACUAUAUCUAAAAAACAAAAGAAUUCAUCGUUUUGCUGUUUGUGUCCAAUUUCCCAUGAGCAGUGGGGAUCUUCUUUAAGGUUGUGCAGAGGCUUUUGAAGUUUCAUUUCAAAUUUGUCGUCCCCCUUCAUUCCCAGGCUUUCUUGUCUUCGACACUGACAUUUAACACAAGUGACAAGUGAUGAGUUAUUGACUCGUCUCUAUUUGUGUCAACACACAAAGCCACAAGAGCUAUCCUCUGAUCGUCAUUAGGCUCGGAUAGCAGUUGUUGUUGUGCAAGUGAAAAAAAAACAAAAAAAAACCCCCAAAACAAUAACAAAGGCAGUGGAAAUUGAGAUGAUUGAAAUGCCUGGUAGAUUAUUUCUGUCACAAAUACAGCAUGUGUGUCAACUAUCCACUCCGAGCUGCCACUCAUUGUAAUGUCUUUCCACUUCAUUUUCCCUCAGACCCGACGUUGAAGAACGUCACCUGCCGCUUUUAAUCAGGGCCGUGCACGAUUGAGUAAUUGACGACGAUGAAAUUUAACUCGCACUAACUGCAGUCACGGUUCUUUUUAUAAUAUAAUUAAGUUAUUGCUUGUAGACAAAGUGGGAAUUGUUUCCCUCUCAAAAUGGUUCCGUUUGAAGUCCCUGCCUGAAGAGGGCCUGUGCAUGGAAAUAUGUGAGGAUGUUUAUGGUAGUAGGAAGAAUAAGAAUUUGGCAAAAAAAGCCCUUGUUGGGCUGCUGACCAGUACUCUAGGAAAGGUCCAGAAAGCCUUUUGCGGACAGGGAUGACCAAUUCUCGGUUUUGGCUGUCAGAUUUAGGAACCAUAGCUGCCACCCAUCUGCCGUAGCUGACAGCCGGCACUCCCUUAAGAAACUCCUGAUGAGUUGUUUGUGACUCUUCCAAGCGUGGCCCCAUCCGUCAUUGCACAUCAGCGUCCCUAGCACUUGCUGACAGCGUGAAUGGGAGUGAAUUCUCUACAGUAGAGAGCGAUAUCCAUCCACAGCGGCACUCAGCGGACACAAUAUGAUGGUCUUUAAUUCCAGAAAUCAACCUCAGUCUGUGGCUGCAAUCAGUGCAAUGGAAAUGGUCGCUACGUUGCAUGAAUAAAAGCUAAUGAGACGGCGCAGUGGUGGAGCCUGAGGCUGUGACCCUAAUCACACCAAGAGGCUUCUUGUCAGCAGUGGUUGUGUUUAAGAAUUUCAGAGCUUUUAUUAUACAGAAGAGGGGGAGGGGCAAACAUGUUGCAAGCUGGUAAUUUCUUGGCUUUGUGUGUGUGCGACACCAUCCAUUAGUGUCGCACACACACACACACACACACACCUCAAGUUCAGUGGAGCUUAGAUACUGUUUUUGGUUUUCAAUUUAUUGGAUUUAGCCUAAUUAAGCCAAUUUUCAAAGUGUGUUCAUUAUCAAAAAGAAUGGUACCAGGCAGUUUUAACACACUGACAAAACAUAAUGAUGG